AUGUGUCCCCCAGUCAACGUUCACCAUGGGGUCAAGGGCAUGUCCUGCCUCUAUGUGGAGUGGCUAUACCACCUUGUUCACGGAGACCAGAUGAAGAUCUGCUUUGCUUGCUUCAAGGCAGCUUUCCAUGCAAAUAGAAUAUUGCUGCAGAUGGUUUACGGGGAUGAGGAACCAUGUCAGGAUAAGCCCCAGGAACUCUCAGAGUUAGGAGUCAAGCCAGAGGAAGAAUCUCAGCCUGAGGUAGAAUCUCAGCCGAAGGAAGAAUCUGGGCCAGAGGAGCUGUCAGGGCAAAUCUGUGCAGAAGGUCAAGGAGAAUUGUCUGAUACCAUCAGUGACCAUUCAAGUCCUGGAUAUCUGAGUCCAGGCUCUGUAGGGUCCGAUCUGGAGCCUGAGGAAGCUGUACCUCUGGACCCAGGCACUGAGGACAAUGAGUGGAACCAGAACCUUCCCUGGAGAUUAGGUAGCUUCUAUCCCUGCCCCCACCAGAACAUCCUCCCCCCUCUUUCCUUGUGGGAUAUUUUCCAUGUGGACCCAUCUCCUGGGCAUCCUGUAUUGUUGGAGCUUAGUCCCCUCUGGCCCAUGAGCAACAUAGUAGGAACAUGGUUAGAAAACCUGGAUUACAACUUAGUGUUGUGUGGCUGUGGUAACAUCUGUUACUUGCUGUCAAUGAUUCCUUUAUGGGCUGUGAGGACCCAGGUCAAUCGCUGGCAGGUGUUGCUGGACACUAAAGCCUUGUUCCGGGCCCAGAUGGAGACUAGACCUCAAAACCUGGACUGCUGGAGACUGAGCAUCCUGAAGCACUCAAGGAUGGGGAUAGAGCUGGAGCGUGCUGACUGCACCCUGCAGAAGGGCGGCUUCAAGGUGCACUCCUACCUGCCCUGGCACAGGGACACCCCAGAGGAAUGGAGCAGGGAGCCAGAAGAGAGAUUGUUUGUCGAUGAUAUUGAGAUGGUGACUGAACUGAGAGCUUCCUCUCCUGAGCCUUCUUUUUGA